AUGAAGUCAGAAAACCACAGGCAGCUCUCCCCGGCGGCGCCUUCCGCUGCGGAUCACUUGACAUGUCCCUUCCCAGGAGGGCCAGGCCAGGCACGCUCCGGCACCAUGGACCAAAGGGAGAUCCUGCUACAGAACCUGGAAAGGGCCCAGGGCAAGAAGCUCAGCCGAGGAGAGUUUGCAGAGGAGUUUUUGAAGCUGAAGAGACAGUCAACAAAGUACAGAGCGGAUAAAAUCUACCCUACAGCAGCAUCUGAGCAGCCAGAGAACGUCAAGAAAAACAGAUACAAGGACAUCUUACCUUUUGACCACAGCAGAGUGGAGCUGUCCCUGAUUACAUCAGACGCAGAUUCUCAUUACAUCAAUGCCAACUUCAUCAAGGGUGUCUACGGGCCAAGAGCAUAUAUUGCAACCCAGGGUCCUCUGCCCACUACUGUCACUGACUUUUGGAGGAUGAUUUGGGAGUAUGAAGUCCUGGUCGUGGUCAUGGCUUGUAUGGAGUUUGAAAUGGGGAAGAAGAAAUGUGAGCGGUACUGGGCGGAGGUGGAGAGCUCCCCCCUGCACUGUGGCCCUUUCUCCAUCACCUGUGAGGCUGAGGAGAAGAGGAAUGAGUAUGUGAUUAGAACUUUAAAGGUGACCCUGAAUGAGGCAAGCCGCACCAUCUACCACUUCCACUACAAGAACUGGCCAGACCACCACGUCCCCUCCUCCAUCGAGCCCAUCCUGGAGCUGGUCAGGGACAUCCGCUGCUACCAGCCCGAUGACAGGGUCCCUGUCUGCAUCCACUGCAGUGCUGGCUGCGGCAGAACCGGCGUCAUCUGCGCCAUCGACUACACCCAGAAGCUGCUGAAGGACGGGAUUGUUCCAGUGAACUUCAGUGUUUUCAGCCUGAUCCAGGAAAUGCGCACACAAAGACCCUGCAUAGUGCAGACCAAGGAGCAGUAUGAGCUGGUUUACGAUGUGGUGAUUGAGCUCUUCAAAAGGCAGAUUCAAGCACUCGAUGGCCAGAAAGAUUCUGCUGCUUCACAGGAAGGAGCAGGGCAUCCUGUAGCCAAGCCAGUCCCGACUCCAGUGGAAGACAUUUAUGGCCUGAGUUUACUCACCUGCUCAGAGCGAGAGGAGCAGGCUCCACACCAACAUCUCCCUCAGCAGCAGGAUGAGCACCAACAUCUCUCUCCGGUGGCACAGGGCAAAGCAUCCCUGCCCCCUCUGGGUGCCCCGGGUGCACAGCCCAGCUCUGCCUGGGGCAUGCCCCCCAUCAGACAGGCCAUCUCCUUCGGUGCUCUGAACUUCUCCAGCUGCAGGAAGGCAGCUGCUGGCGAGCCCUGGGCUGCUGGGGAUGUCCCUCAGAAACGCUGCAGCUGGGAGCUGGAGCUGGAGCCAGACCCAAAGGGAGCAGGCAGGAGGGUGCCUGGUGCCAGAGCUCCUCUGGCAUGGACUGUAUCGACCCCUCUAGCACUGGAGCAGCGGCGAGAAGCCUGGGAAUGGGAUGCAGGGGAUGCCAAGCCUGUGUGGAGUCCCCAGUGGCCAAAAGCCUGUCACUCGAGCUUCCAGGAUGGAUUUUCACCUGUGGACCUGAACCCCUCCAGACGAGCAGCGGGUGGCCCCCCAGGCCACAGGAAGCAGAGGCAAUGCCCUCACCCUUCCCUGUGCUCAGCAGAAGACCCCUACUUCUCAUCACUCUCUCCAGAUGACUCUGUGUCCCCCGUGUUUCCCUUUCUGGAGGGGCAGGAUGAGCUCCUCCCUUCGUGCUCUGCCAGUGCCCCGCUAGAGCCCACCACAGCCAGCUCCCCAUCAUCCCACCACGUCCCCCUGAACCAGGAGAGCAUCUUCUCCUCGGCCCCCCUGCCACAGCCUGAUGAUGAUGAUGAUGCUCCACCCCUGCCCCAGCGCACCCCGGAGUCCUUCAUUGUGGCCAGUGAGCCAGGGCAGUUUCCUCAGGCCACUCCGGAUUUCCAGAUUCCAGACAGAAAUCCAAGUAUUGGAACCUCCUGGGAGUGGAGUGGUGAGUCUCACUCAAAGGGGUUUCAUGACCCUGUGAGACUGAGACCAUGUAAGAGCGUGAAGCUUUGGAGCCCACAAACAGAGACAACCCAGGAUUGCUCCAAUUCUCCUCCUCCGCUUCCUGAAAGAACCCCGGAGUCGUUCGUUCUCGCUGAGGCAGCAAGUCUCCAGCCUGCUGCAAGAAAUUCCUUGAGUCCUGCAGGUUUGGAGAACAAGGGCUCAGGAACAUCAUCCAAAGAACUCAUUAAAUGCUUCAGGAGGAGCAAGAGCUUGAAAAUAUUGAAAAAUGUGAAAAAAAGCAUCUGCAGUCCACUAACAAAAUCAUCAGAACCUGCCCCAACAAACUCUUCGAGGUCUUUCCUUAACUUUGGCUUUGCAAAUCGAUUUUCAAAACCUAAAGGACCAAGAAAUCCACCCCCAGCAUGGAAUAUUUAGAUGUAUUUUACAGACUUGGCAUUGCAGAUUUGUGAAGUCAUCCU